GAUGACGACUGUGACCGUCCUUCUCCCCCAUCAGGCUCUUUCUCCUCUCUCUCCCGCUGCACGACUUCCUCUAUACCUUAGAGUAUUUGUACACAUGCGCUGAAGUUUCUUUUGCUCAUACCCGACGCUGGCCAAGCUUGCGGAGUAAUGGAUGCCCCAGAACCGUCUACGGUAUCAGCAGACGCUGACCCGAUGAGCAUACGUGCUCUCAAGGAUAUAUCCUUCGGUUCUAUUGCUGGAAUGACAUCUAAAGUAUUCGAACACCCCUUCGACCUCACGAAGGUCCGACUACAAUCGCAAGUCCUAGACGCAACCGCACGCUUCAACGGGCCAAUCGACUGUCUAGCACAGACAUGGAAGAGGGAGGGGUUACGAGGCCUAUACAGGGGCUUGCCAGCACCCAUAGUUGGGGCGAUGGCGGAAAACGCGUCGCUUUUUUGGACGUACACCGAACUUCAAAACGCCAUCCGCUGGUAUGAGAGGCAGCCGACGACGCAUCAAUUAUCACUCGGACAGCUCGCCCUUGCUGGCUCGGGUGCGGGUUGCAUAACGAGUUUCGUACUUACUCCCAUAGAGCUAGUGAAGUGCAAGAUGCAAGUACAAAUGCUUAUGGUCCCAAGCGUAUUACCAGUUCAGGCUGCGGCAGCGCUAUCCUCCAUCGCGCCCGCUGCCGCUCUCCCCGCAGAUGUUUCUGGCUCGUCUCUUCACAAGCUUCCUGGCCCCAUCUCCGUCCUCAAGUCAAUUAUACGCACCUCUGGAUUCCGCGGGCUGUGGCUCGGCCAAACCGCGACGUUCAUCCGGGAAACCGGCGGGGGUGCAGCUUGGUUUACGUCCAAAGAGGCCGUCGCGACGCUCCUGCUCAAGCGGCGCAACGUUCCGUCCCACGACAAGAAGGAGCUGCGUCCAUGGGAGUCCGCUGUGUCUGGCGCCGCGGCGGGCAUCGCUUACAACGUUGCGCUCUUCCCGGCGGAUACUGUGAAGAGCGCCAUGCAAACGGAGGCGGAGCUACGACCGAGGGCAGCUGGGGAGCCGGGCCCUACAUUCCUGGGUACCUUCAGGGCGAUGCACCAGGCGCAGGGCAUCAGAGGGUUGUACGCUGGCUGCGGUAUUACUGUGGCGCGGGCGAUACCUAGCAGUGCCCUCAUCUUCUUGAUCUAUGAUGGUCUGAGCAAACGAUACGGGUCGCAAUGACAUACAUUUCACCAUGA